AUUCGAGUCAGAGGAGGAGCACAGAUCCUUCUACGGAUUAGUGAAGAAGCUAUUACCAAUCAUGGGACCAAGAAUCGAAAAAACAGAUUCAAUAAUGGACGGCAUCAGUCUUUUUCCGGCCUUCAUUCAUGCUCAUAAACCUCAACUUGAAUCAUCAGCAGUACCAAAAAUCUUCUGGGAAGUUUUGCACAAAAAACUACAAAACCACCUCUUCGAUGCAGGUCUCACCUUUCAAAUGGUUCACGUAAGUUACGAAGAUGUCGAAAAAGAUCGCACAGAUCCUCUUUGGAAGCUUUUCGUAAUUUCCGAAGAAGGAAUCUCAGCUCAAGAUUCAUCCCAAAUUUACCUAAUCGAUCAUGCAUGGACCUAUCGUUUUUCUGAAGCUAGAAAUGGCCUUAGCAGAAAUUCUAGUCUCCUAAACCGUAUGUAUAAAUUCAUGAAUCCCGAGGAUGACAAUAAAACUGAAGAAGAGAAGAUUGAGUUCGUGCUCUCGGAAAUGUGGAGAUACAACACCUUCUUCUCCUUCAAUGUAAACUCCACAUCAAUCGAGGAAAGAAUGCCCAUUUGGUCUAUGAUGGACGAAGUUGGUUCUUCAAUAAAUCAUAGCGACGAGCCAAAUUUUCGAACAGUUCCCUUUUUAUAUUUACCGGAAGGUGUCAUUUACACUCUUCUUUUUCCUAUCAAGAACGUCGAAACAGGUGAAGAAGUCACCCGAGAUUUUGUCGAGGGUCAGACGAACGAUUUAAAAAAACGAAGAGCUCUCCUAUUACCUUGGCAAGAAGCUAAUUUCCUAGACGAGAGCUUCGAGCAAAUAGAACCCGACGAAGAUUAUUUCCUCUCUGGUCACAUUAGCGAAUCUUUACCCGAGAAAGUUUCUGAAAAUAUUCCUCAGCCGAAGCUCAAAGUUUAUACGCAGUAUAAUUUUGUGUAUAGAUAUCUAACGGAUCCAGAUUUUGAGAUCGUUGACUCUCAUCAGGAAGCAGACAUCUUGUGGCUGACGAGCCAUUUUAAAAAUUUUAAAGAGUUCAGUUUGAAUAAACCAAAAGCUUUUGUGAAUCAGUUUCCAUUCGAAAAUGUAGUGACGAUCAAGGACUUGCUGUCGAUAGUUUGCAGAAGAAAAGCUGAGAAGAAAUUUGACGGAGAGACUUUGGAAACUUUUCCGAGUUGGUUACCUACAACUUUUAAUUUGAGUACGGAGCUGAUUCAGUUUGUCGCUUAUUAUCAAAGGAGAGAGCAGAAGGGAUUGGACAAUCACUGGAUUUGUAAGCCGUGGAACUUGGCGAGAGGGUUGGAUACGCAUGUGACAAGAGAUCUCUUUCAUAUUUUGAGAUUACCAGCUACUGGACCAAAAAUUGCGCAGAAGUAUGUAGAGAAUCCGGUGCUUUUUGAAAGAGCAGAUGUCGGGAGAGUCAAAUUCGACGUCAGAUACGUCGUACUUUUGAAAUCUGUCAAGCCACUGAAGAUUUUUGUAUACUCCAACUUUUUUCUGCGUUUUGCGAACAAGCCUUUUGCCCUCAAUCAGUUUGACGACUAUGAGCAACAUUUUACUGUCAUGAAUUACUCUGAAUCGACGCCUCUCUGUCACACAAAAUGCGCUGACUUUAUUCCAAAUUGGGAGAGCCAAUAUCCCGAUCAUCCAUGGAUAACGAAAAUAGAACCAAGGAUCUUGGAAAUCUUCAAAGCAGUUUUUGAAGCUGCAACUUCUGUCGAUCCUCCAAAAGGAAUUGCAGAAAGUUCACAAAGUCGAGCUCUUUAUGCUGUGGAUUUGAUGCUCGAAUGGAAAAACCAAGAGAUGCAGCCUAUUUUAUUGGAGGUAAACUUUACCCCAGAUUGUAAAAGAGCAUGCGAGUACUAUCCAGAUUUUUAUAACGACGUAUUUCGCUGCUUAUUCUUAAAUGAGUCUCGGAAUGAAGUAUUUCAUGAAUUGUGAAUAGAAGUAAAUAAAUUAUCAAAUAUAUUUCUUAUUUAAUAUUCAAGUCUUAAAUACAAUCUAAAUAAGCGAGUAAUUUAUGGAAAAAGGAUGAACUGGGAAAAAUGAAGAAACAAUUAUAAAACGAUUGACGCUUUUGAUAUUAAGAUAUAACUAUGAUUGUAAAUGAUAACCCAGCCAAUACAUGAAAUUCAGACUUCGCUCAUACUGUUCCUUAUUAUAUCAAGUACAUUCUGUGAAAAUUUGAUUGCAGAAGAAAAUAUAUUUUUUAAAACCCGUGCGUCAAAAGAGCGUGCGUUUAAUGUUAAAAGUUUCUUUAGAACGAAACUAAUUUUUCGUUUUUAGGGGUAAAAGUCGACGAUAUUUCAUAAACAACUGAUUCAUACGUCUUUAAUAUAUUUCUUAAUGAUUAAGAUAUCUGUAUUUAAUAUUUUUCGAAUAAAGGAGCACCUGCAAUG